GCGAUAUCGGCGAAGAUGUCUUGCUGCGCCGGUAGCAAGAACGAGGAACGCGCCGAGCCGACACGAGUGCGGGGAUGCACGGACGUUUUUUGGCUCUGCUUCUUCAUAGCGUUCUGGUUUCUUAUGAUCCUGAUUGCUGCCUUUGCAAUAGUCUAUGGCAAUCCUUUGCGGCUUAUAAAUGGAUACGAUAGUUUUGGAAACACAUGCGGCAUGAAAAAUAAUCCAAAGUUUGGCAGCAUGGAGCUUUCUGGACAAGAUACCAGUGACAAGCCGUAUUUAUUCUUCUUGGAUAUAAAUAAUGUCACGCAGUCAUUGAAGAUUUGUGUGAAGCAAUGUCCCGACAGAAUUUUAAGGACAAUGGAGGACAUCUGUAAAUUUUACAAAGAGACAGGAUCACAGUUGUGUCAUGAUAGACCGGGCGGUGAUUUUAGUGCAUGCAACAGCGAGAGUAGUAUAUUUAAAAAUGGAUCUUGCCCUGAACGACCGGUUUACCCCAGUAUACCCGUUUUAAAUCGGUGUAUCCCUAAGGCAGUGAAGGAAGUGAGCGAAACAAUAAUUUCAAAUUUAUAUGGCUUAAUCAAUUCGUGGGAUGUUAUUGAACAGGUUCUAGGAGACCUAUGUAAAACCUGGAAACAAAUUCUAGCGUUAUCUUUUGUUGCCUGUGUUUUAUCACUCUUUGUUAUAACUAUUUUUCAUUUAUUGGCAAGUGUCGUAACAUGGAUUAUAAUUGUACUUGUAAGCAUUGCUUCUACAGCUGGUACAAUUCUUUUAUGGAUGACAUAUGUUGAUAUUAAGAAAACCUUGGACAAAACUGAUCCAAAUCAACUUCUUGAAGAAGCUGUCAGAAAUGAAAGAGCAUUUCUUGCAUUUUCCAUUAUUGCUACUAUUAUCACUAUUAUUUUACUGUUUCUGUCAUGUAUAUUACGCAAACGCAUCAGUUUUAUGGCGGCGCUAUUCAAAGAAAGUGCAAAAUGCUUAAGAGAAUUGCCUGGUUUAUUUUUCCAACCAAUCUUAACAUUUAUAUCUUUGAUAUUGUUUUUUGCCUUCUGGAUAUUUGUAAUUCUUUGUCUUGCAACAGCAAAUUAUCCUGAGACAAAGUCAGUACAAAUGUACAAAAACACUAUAUUUGAUCCUGUGAACUUAAGCUCGGUUGGUGAAAACGCUCCAUUAAUUGAAGAGAAAAAGAUGAUAGAUUUUUCUCUUGAUUCUUUCAAAACUUUUACUCUCGUAGAAUAUGUUGAUGCGACUUGGGUGAAAUACAUGUGGUGGGUAUAUCUUAUAGGAUUGAUAUGGACAUCGGAAUUUAUUGUUGGAUGUCAAGACAUGGUAAUAUCAGGUUCUGUUGCCCAUUGGUACUUUAGAGAUAAAAACGGCAGCUCAUUUCCAGUAUGUUCAUCCAUAGGACAUUUAGUCUGCUAUCACAUGGGCUCUGUAGCAUGUGGAUCACUUUUGAUAACCAUUUUUAAAUUACCCAGAUUGAUUUUGACAUAUUUGUAUGCCAAAUUCGAAAAAACUAAGGAAACAUCUCCAUGUGCUCAGUGUGGUUUAAAAUUCUGUAUUUGCUGUUUCUACUGUUUGGAAAAAUUCAUUCGCUAUAUGAAUCAUAAUGCAUACACCGUUGUUGCUAUAGAGGGUACUCACUUUUGCAAUGCGGCCAGAAUAGCUUAUGCAACACUCGUCAGUAAUGCUCUUCAAAUAGCAGUGAUCAAUGGAUUUGGCGAUUUUAUAUUGUUCCUGGGAAAGUGUUUCGUUACAGCUGCAACCGGAAGCAUCGCAUUACUUUUUAUGAGAGAAGACCCGGAGCUACAUUUUUACGCUAUUCCGAUUUUUGUUAUUUGUGUUUUCUCAUUUUUCAUUGCUCAUUGUAUAAUUUCCCUUUACGAGACUGUUAUUGACACGCUAUUCUUAUGUGUAUGUGAGGAUAAGAAUUUAAACGGUGAAAAUGGAAAGUGGCGUCAGUCUGCGUUAGCACAAAUCGGAGCCUCUAGCAGUAACGCAAAUGGACAACAAUCUCACGAAAUGACACCGAUAAACGAAUAAGUAUCUGAUAUUUUAGAUACAUCUUUUUUAUACACAUU